CGACGUUCACCCUGCAACGUCAAUCAAAAUGGCUGCCGCCAUGGAAGAAUUUGAACAUCAAUUUGCUGCUGUUUCAGCAGAAAUUACAUCGAAAAUCAACAAAAUUCCUAUCCUGAGUGGAAAUGACAAGAAACAAUUGGCUGGUUCUGCUGAAAAACAGGUAGAUGAGGCUCAUGAAUUGUUGGAGCAGAUGAACAUUGAAAUUCGCAACAUUCCGUCCGCAGAACGCCAGAAGUUUACCACCAGGUUAAAAAGCUACCAAACUGAGCUUAACCGAUUGGAAAAAGAUCUUCGACGAUCAAAGGUGGCUUCCAGAGAUGAUGGUGCUAGGGAAGAGUUACUAGGUAUGGAUGAUUAUAGGAACUCGGAAGAUCAGAAAACAAGACUACUUGACAACACAGAGAGACUGGAGAGGACAUCAAGAAAGCUAGAUGCAGGAUACAAAAUGACAAUAGAAACCGAACAACUAGGGCAAGAUAUCAUGGACAACCUUCAUAAAGAUAGGGAGAAGAUUGACAGGUCUAGAAAUAGGUUACGUGAUAUGGAUUCAAACGUUGGCCAAAGCUCAAGAGUACUCAGUGCAAUGAUGCGUAGGAUCCUUCAAAACCGUCUAAUCAUGCUGUUCCUAGGCCUCGUCAUUCUCUCCGUCAUCAUCCUCGCCAUCUAUUUCAUCGCAAAGAAAUGAUGACGGCUUCUCUUAGGUUAAUCCUGCCCCUUUCCUGCCUUAGAGGAGCGAAGUAAGGUGAACAUGGAGGGUUUCGGGUAGGUGUGCAAUCGAGGUCUCCAUUCCAGUCCAUUACUAGGUAGCCAGUCCGUAGUAUUGUGCAUUCACAUGUGUUAGAAUCAGAAAUCUAUGUGCAGGAUAUUGUCGCUAUUGAGCCAGUCAAUGUUGCAUGUCCUUUGUUCACGAAGCAGUUGAGGUUCUUCAAGAAAUGGUUGAUUCUCUGCUAUGGCAGUCACUGGAUGAACAGGAUAUUGUUAUAUACCAUGUGUCCAACACAACCUUGGUGUUCGUCCUUAGUAUGAAGUUUGCUGCUAUGUCAGGAAUGUUUCAACUGGAUAUAGAUUUUCUCUGGAUACUUUAUAAUGAAGUUUGUACUGCUCUGAAUGGUUUGUGGCACAGUGUUAACUGUAAGAUAAGAACAGUCUGUAGUAACAUAAGACUAAACUUCAUUUGAUGAACAGAAUGUUUUAAAGAGAGUUGUAGGUAGAGUCAUCCAACACCAUCUAAAUACUCUGUAUGAAAGUUGUUGCUAUAGCAGGAUUGAAUAUACUGGAGAUAGAUCUUCUCCAGGGUAGUUGAUGUGGAAUUUCACAUGCUAUAAAAGGGUUUUGGCACAAGGCUGAUUCUAAGAUACAACAGUUAGUAGCCAUAUGAGAGGAAAAUGUUAAUCCAUUGUUUGAAACAGUUGUAGGUGUCCAACACCACCUAAGUACUCUUCAUAAAUAUGAAAGUUGUUGCUAUGGCAGGAUUAUACUAGAUCAACGGCAGACAGAAUUUUGAAUGAAUAUUUCUUAAAAUGAAGUGUACUCAUUUCACUUUUGCAUCCUGCUGGGCACAUGAAUAAAUGGGUAUAUAGUGGUGUGCCAGUCCGCCUGUCAGCAUCCAUUUCUGUAUUCAGAUUAAAAAUGUAAGUUUUUUAUCAGAGGAAAUUUUUAGAUGGAACAUUCAUUCAUUGUGGAAAAAAAUGUGUUUAUAUUUGAUUAAAUAAGUCAAGAUAAGAUAAUGGAUUAUCCUUGAAAUUCAUGCACACCAUGUCAUCUAAUACUAAACCAAGCUUGGUAAUCUUGUCCAUGUAUUCAUGUAUUCAUCAGGCUGAAAUUUGUUCACAAAAUAUUCACAUUUUGUACAAAACCAAUUCAAGUAAUAGCUACCAAAUAGACAGCAAGAUCGUAAACUAUAAAAAUGUUGACGAAAAAUGCAAAGUAGGUCAAAGGGUUUCGCCAGUAUCGCGAUCUCAAAAUUCUAUUCUGAUCGACGAAUGUGCUCUGUGCUGGAAAACUGUUCUGAAAAAGUAUGAUCUAACUUCACGGACCAAAGUUGUGGAGAUUUAAACAAAAACUCAAACUAAAACACUGAGAUAUUUAUGUCAGAUGGAAGGUAAAAUGCUAUAGAAUUGGUCAGGAAUACGUUUUACUCACAUUUUUUAUGAUAUAUGCUUACAAAAUGAUGAAAUCGUAUGCUUGUUGAGAACUGGCGCUAACAGUGACAAAUUUACUGAUCUUUUGUUAAUAUUUUGAUGAAUACUGAACUCGUCCUAAAGAAACUUACGCUAGAGGUUAAUUUUAGGUCACUGUUCUUGUUGAUGAUGACACAUUUUAAAGAUAGCGAAUAGUUUUUGAGAUAAUGACCGUCCGCGAAGUAUGGACACAAGUGAAAUUUUGACCCACUGCCAUACUGAUUUUAAAACCCCUCUCCUUUCUACGUAUGAGACCAGCCACCCCAAAUUAAGCAAUAAUUCACCAGUGGAGAUUCUGUUUAUACAGUUAGAACAAUUUUCAUAGUUCAAACAUAGUUAAAACAAUCUUCAAAAAGUAAAAAUUGGAAAAUUAGCUAAUCUGAAAGAGUAUCUCUUUACCAAUAUAAAAAAAAUGUAUAUGAUUUGUAAAACCUGGGAACCCAGGUCCCGCCCGGAAGCCUUGGGUACCCGGGUUGUCAGGGGCCGGCAGACAUAACAAAACAUGGGUUCAAGUGACAUAAUUUUUAGGGGAAUUUACCCAAACUGAAGAGUCUGAUAUUUGUUGUGGAUAUUGGAAUAAUUUUUGUUAAUUUUUAUUUUUAAUAAAUGCUUGCAAAUAUCUGUAUCCUUUGAUGAAUGCUUGCAAACUGAUGUACAACCACUCAGUUAUGAACCUGGAUGGAAGUUCAUAUUUGCGUUUAAUCAAUUAAUUAAUCUUUCUUCUCCUAUUCAUUUUGAAUAAAUGAUUUUGAGCCAGAAAGAUCACAGAGAUUUGUCCUUCAUUAUUUGUAUAAUCAUGGAGGAGAAGGCAUUGAACUCUUGAUUUGGGGAAUAAUUAUAAACCAUCCUCUUUUUGUUUCUUUUUUU